CCCCGCCACCCAGCCAGCCCCAAGCUCGGUUGCCAACUGUGUCCCUGUGGCAUCCACCACGGUCACCCUUAACGCGAUAUCUAAACCCAUGGUGAAUGUUAUAGGGCCGCCUGGUCCUGCUGUUGGCAUAGCCAAGCCGGGUGCCGCUGUACCUGUUGUCUCUGCAGUCCCCCAGUCACUGUCCCCCCGGCCUGCGGUGGGCACUGCUCAAAGAAUAGUGGCCCCGCAACUGAUUGUUAGACCGCCUCAGCAGACCACCAUCCAGUUGCCUCCAGGCUUUACUAUACCACCUGGGAUGGUGUUGGUGCGCACUGAAGCUGGACAGCUUGUCAUGGUACCCCAGCAAGCUUUAGCUCAGGCUCAAGUGCAAGCUCAAGUCCAAACCCAGGGGCAAGGGCCCACCAGCAUUUCACCCAGGCUUUCAGUGCCUACAAGUGGUCCAGUUUUUCGUUUAUCAACAGCCCAGCCAACUUCUGUAGCCACGUCUACUGUCCGGCUAGGACUGCCUGUGCAAGCUAAAGUUGUUCAGUCAACCGCUACACCAGUUAGCGUUACAUCUGCUGCAACCCUGCCAGGAGGUUCCACUCUGUCACAUACCACAGUAACAGUAGCUACCACAAGUGCUCAGAGUUUAUUUAAAACUACAGUAGCAACUGGAACCUCAGCUUCUCAACAACCUACAGUAAUUUCAGGAGGGCAAACUCAAACCCCAACACAACCCCAAGGUCAGCCUCGAUUACCACUCCCACCUCAAACAACAGCACAAGUACCAGCACAGCCCCAAGUCGUACCUAGUUCCCCUGUACCAGGGACUACAGUAGUAUCACAGGAAAUGCAAGAGAAUGUGAAAAAAUGCAAAAACUUUUUAGCCACCCUUAUAAAACUUGCUUCCCAUAAUUCACCUUCUCCAGAAACAUCCCGUAAUGUGAAAACUCUGGUUCAGGAUUUGUUGGAUGCAAAGAUUGAUCCAGAAGAAUUUACAGGCCGCCUUCAGUCAGAGCUCAAAUCAUCUCCACAACCAUAUCUGGUACCUUUCCUUAAGAAAAGUCUACCUGCAUUGAGACAAUCUUUACUGAACAGUCAGCAUUCAGUUUUGCAAGGACAGCCGUCUCAGCAGCCACUUCAACAAACCAAGCUAUCACAAAUUAUACCUCAGUCUGCCUCUGGAAGCAUUUCCUCUGUUGUUGCAACACAGGCAAUAGGAAUAAGGCAACCAAACAACAUUUGCACAGUCUCUGUGUCAAAUACAAUGCAGCCUCCUCAGGUUAAGGUGGUACAGUCAAAUCAGAGUUCUCAACUGCAGAUUAUCCAGUCAACAUCUGCUCAAACUGUGAAACGAAACCCUGCCUGCCAGACUACCCAGAUUAGGAUGCCAGUGGUAAUAACUCAGCCCAUUAGACCACAAGGCACAGUAGGGAAGGCACCAACAAUACAAGCCAACAAAAGUCCUGGGGGCGUUGGUGUUCAGGUCUCUGCAAAUCAGAAAAACAAGCUGAAUGACCCUGGAGGUGGUUCUUUCAGAGAUGAUGAUGACAUCAAUGAUGUUGCCUCUAUGGCUGGAGUCAACCUAAAUGAAGAAAAUGCCCGAAUCAUGGCAACCAAUUCUGACUUGGUUGGAACACAGUUACAGUCUUGUAAAGAUGAGCCCUUUCUUGCAGCUAUCCCUUUACAUAAGCGCAUACUAGAAAUGGCUAAAAAAUUAGGAAUUACAGAUGUGCCAGCUGAGGUGGCUACCUUUAUUUCCCAUGCAACACAAAACAGAUUAAGAACUGUGAUAGAAAAAGUAACAAUGAUAACGCAGCACCGAAUGGAGUCUCACAAAGAUGAUGAAUGGUAUGAGCAGGCUACAGAUGUCCGAUCACAGUUAAAGUUUUUUGAACAGUUGGAGCGUUUAGAAAAGCAAAGAAAAGAUGAACAAGAGAGGGAAAUCUUGUUAAAAGCUGCCAAGAGUCGCUCAAGGCAAGAAGACCCAGAGCAAGCUAGACUGAAACAAAAAGCAAAGGAGAUGCAGCAACAAGAACUAGCACAGAUGAGGCAGAGGGAUGCCAAUUUAACUGCCUUGGCAGCUAUUGGUCCACGGAAGAAAAGGAAGCUCGAUUCACCUGGUCUGCUUACCACAGGAGGAGAGGUCUUGGGCAUGUCCAGUGGAGGCCAGGCUGGUUUUGGGACUCCUUCAUCCAGGCAGUAUGCACGACAGAAAAUAACUCGCGUAAACCUCAGGGAUUUCAUCUUCUACAUGGAACAGGAAAGAGAAACAAGCCAUUCUCUCCUGCUCUACAGAGCUUUGCUUAAAUAAGGCCAAGAAUUAUACUGGUUUCCUCAUAGAGAAGCUCAGCCUGCAUUGAAGAUCUGUCAUUUUAAUGUGCCUUCUAUUUUUUUCAGAUGUCAGUGUUCCAGUAAUUUGUUUAGUAACAUUGUCAGACCAUGCAAUAAAUUUCCCUUAUGUAAAAAUAAAGCAAUGAAAAAUGUGCAAACGGGGGUUAAAUCCACUGAUGGGGAAUCUGUGCUUAAUGUCUUACUACAUUUGGCCAUUUUUAGAUGAGGCUAGACAGUCUCAAUGCCACUAAAGUUAUACAGAUUGUUAGGGCCAGAUUGCAAAAGCAUACCCAGGUCAUUACAUUGAUGACAAGGGGCAGCUUGCAAGAAGAUGGGCUUGCAGGAUCCGGACCUAAUCAUGACAUUUGGUUUUAUUAGCAGUACAUACAGUUGCAUUGCUAGCUUUUCUGUUUCUUCUUACCUUUUAUUAGUGCUGUUUUCACUGACUAACCAGUGAUGCCUCGUUAUUUUAAUUAGUUGUAUUUGCAAUUUUUUGCACAGCUAAAAGAAAUAGCCACUGCACACUCCUGCAUAUUUUACAUAGGGUUUUUAUUUUUACUGCACAACAUGAUGCUCAUUGGCUGAACCAAAUCCCAAGUGUAUGAAAUCUGUGCAUUCGGGUCCCAGCUGACUUACCUUGACUAGCUUCCAGUUGUUUUUAAAAUCUACUUAGCCUUUUGCACAUUUGUAGCAGCUGGUUACUAACAGGAAUCAAAGUUGCUUUUUUAUUUAAAAAAAAAUCUUAAUUUAUUUAUUGUGAAGUGUACGGUUUGAUGGUGGUUUAAAAAAAAAUUGUUCAGUAAAGAUUUUAGUGUGCUACCUGUUUUUUUCAAGUCACAGCAAAGGCAUAUUGUCAAGGGGCCAGCCCUGCUCAUUGGAGCCCGGGGAACAGUGUUCAGUCCUAAUGGUCCAAUCCUGCAAGACUGUCAGGGUCCUCAUUGAAGUGACAAGAGUUGACUUUACCUUGCAUGGUUGGACCUUAAGACUCCAGUUCAGAAAACCACUGAAGUAUGUGCAUAACUUUAUGUAUGCAAAAUUGCACGUGUACUGAAAUGUUUUGAUGGAUUGGAGUUUUAAGGGCCUCAAACCAAAGCCAAUUGAAGUUGGUGUGAAUCUUUUCAGUAUGCUUUGGCUAAGAUAGGGAGUGAGCAGGUGGGCACCAAUUAUGCUUCAGACAUAACAGUGUUAUCUGAAACCAUGGAAGGGAAACAUUUGCUUAUUUAUAUUUUUGAUUUUUACUAUGUGUUUAUGCUUGCCACUUUUUGAGGCAAUUAUUUUUGGUUUUUUGUUUUGUUUUUUGAUGGAAAACAAUAGUGAAAGCACAAAUAGAACUAUUUGUCCAAUAGUUUUAAAAACAAAAGUUUUAAUUAUUUUUUAAGGUUUAUGAAAAGCAGAAGAAAAUUUAUACUGCUGCUAUUUAGCCAAAAGAUUAUUCAUAAGGUAUUUAAGGCCAGGAAGUGUAAAAUUAUGUUUUAAAUGUACUGAUAAUUUGUACAUAUUGUUUAUAAAGACCUUGUGUUUAUUAGAAUUAUGUUAUUUUGAUGAUUUCUGUACAUACUCGUAAAUACCCCAAUUUGUGUGAAAACAUACUUCCUUAUUUGUACUUCUUUUGUAAAGAAAUAAACAUUUACUAAAGUAACACAUUUGAGUGACGCACAGUAUUAAUUUAUCAAACAAGAAUUUCAGUUUCACAUUGUCUUGUAGUUUGUAAGCACUGUUCAGAAACAUUUUCCAAUAAAAUAUGGACAGAAUAUCCACAAAGAAAUACUAAACUUGAAUAUUUAAUGUUCUGCUGUGCUGAUUCUUACUCUUUUUCAAACAUCUGAUAAAGUUGUCAUCAGAUGUUGAAGCUAUUAAAUACAGUCCAGUGACUGUAUUUAAAACAGAUUUGGCUAA